CCAAGUUUCAGUUAAAACAAACCAAGGGCUUGGCACACAGCUGUGCUCUUUCUGUGUCUUGUCUCUCACCAAAAGUGCGGGAGCCAGAGAUGGCGAAGUCCAAGAAAAAAGAUGUCGACUUGCCGGCACCGGACCACCUCCGCUGCAACCGCAACGACGGCAAAGGGUGGCGCUGCCGGGAUUACAAACUUAAAGACCAUAACCUCUGUCAAUACCACCACGACAGCGCAAUUUCUCGGUCCCAAAAAUCCAAGCCUGACCGCAAACCCAAAACCAAACCCCAACCCAAACCCAAACCCAAAUCCGAAGCCGAACCCAAACCCCAAAUGGAACCGGAAUCCAAACCCGACGCCAAGCUUAAAAUUUCCAGAAGCAAGAGAGCCCCAGGACGGAGUGGCGCGAAAAGCAGCGACGCCGCUCGAGGCAGCGAGGUCGGUCAAGGCAGAGAGGUCGCUCGAGGUGGCGACGGCGGUCGCCGCAACCCCAGUCGCGGCAAAUUUCUGAGAAGGCUUCUAGAUUCGGAUACAGAUCAGGAAUGGAGAGGAAACGGCUCCAAUGCGAAGAAGAGAAAUCAGGCACAGGAAGAUGAGUGUCGGUGUUGUCACCAGUGCCAGAAGAGUGACAGGGAGGUGGUGCGGUGCCGGAAGUGUCAAAGAAAGCGGUUUUGUCACCCUUGCAUCGAAAGAUGGUACCCCCGUAUAUCGAAGGAAGCAAUUGCAGAGGCUUGCCCAUUUUGUCGUGGGAAUUGCAAUUGCAAAGCUUGUUUGGAUAGGGACACUAAGACUUUGGAACCAGAGAUGAGUAAGGAUGAUAAGAUAAAACACUCCAAGUAUCUGGUGAAAGUGCUUCUUCCAUUUCUGGAACAAUUUGAUCAUGAACAAGAGAUGGAAAGAGAAAUUGAGGCUAAGAUUCAAGGGCUAUCUCUACCAGAGAUACAGGUGCAACAGGCAGUUCUUCGUGAAGAUGAGCGUGUAUACUGCAACAACUGCAGAACCUCUAUAGUUGAUUUCCAUAGGAACUGCCCAAAUUGUUCAUAUGAUCUCUGCCUCACUUGUUGCCGGGAAAUUCGUAAUGGAUCAUUGCAAGGUGGUAUCGAUGAAAUUGUCAUGCAAUAUUUUGACAGGGGGAAGGCUUACUUGCAUGGAGGAAAACCUCACAUGCCUUCAGUUCAGAAAGGAGAGUCAAAUUUUUGUGUUAGUUCCAGCACUAAAGAUCCUGGAAGUACAAUAUGUGAAUGGAAAGUGAAAGAAAAUGGUGACAUCCCUUGCGCACCAAAGGAAAUGGGUGGCUGUGGACAUGGCCGUUUAGACCUUAAGUGUAUGUUUUCUGAAACUUGGGUUUCAGAACUAAAGGAGAAAGCAGAAGGGUUAGUCAAAACCCACAAACUCACUGAUGUGCUGGGAAUUCCUGCACGUAGCUGCUCUUGUUUUAAAUUGAAUAGCGAGAUUGAUUUUGAUAACAAGAAGUUGCGGAAAGCUGCUGCUAGAGAAGAUUCCUUUGAUAACUAUCUGUACUGUCCAUCAGAAAGUGACAUCCUUCAAGGGGAUCUGGUUCACUUCCAGAGUCAUUGGAUGAAGGGGGAGCCAGUUAUUGUGAGUGAUGUUCUUGAAUUCACAUCUGGCUUGAGCUGGGAGCCCAUGGUUAUGUGGCGUGCAUUUCGUAAAGUAAGUUACACCAAAUCCUCGCAGUUGGCAGAGAAGGCAAUUGAUUGCCUUGAUUGGUGUGAGGUUGAGAUAAAUAUUCACCAAUUUUUCAAAGGUUACUCUGAGGGCCGUGCACAUAGGAACUUGUGGCCUGAGAUGCUCAAACUCAAAGAUUGGCCCCCAUCUAAUUUGUUUCAGGAGCGGCUACCACGCCAUGGUGCAGAGUUUAUAAGUUCUUUGCCCUAUUUGGAAUACACACAUCCUCGCUCAGGCCUUCUUAAUCUUGCUGCAAAGUUGCCACAAAAGUCUCUGAAGCCUGACUUGGGGCCUAAAACAUAUAUAGCAUAUGGCGUUGCUGAAGAGCUUGGCCGUGGAGAUUCUGUAACCAAGCUUCAUUGUGACAUGUCUGAUGCGGUAAAUGUUUUGAUGCAUACUGCGGAAGUAACCUUUCAUCUCAGCAGCUUGCUGCUUGACAGUGCAGGGACUGUAACUAAUGAAGAAUCUGCUACCAUGCUUCCUGUUGAGAAGCUUUCUGUAAGUAGCCUGAAAGUGGAGGAAGAAGGCAUGGAAUUUGAUGUCAAAUCUGAUAGGGACAUGUUAGAUAUUGAAUUUCAGAAAGAAGAAGGUUAUUCUGACGUGGUUACUAAAUGUGGAAAUUAUAGAGGCAAAGAUGCUGUUUUUGAUAUGAGAAGUAGAAAAAAUGAAUCAAAAAAAUUAACAAAACAGAUUACUAGCACCACAGAGUCUGAGAAUGGAAGGGGAGCCAAAGUGGAAAAAAGUGAAAGACAAGAAGAGGUUGAUGCUGUUUUCUCUGAUAUACAUUGUUCAACAAAUGAAGCGCUCCAGCAAGGUGAGUUUUCUGAUGAUCAUAUGGCUUCUGGAAAUAAGUUGGUUGGAUUUGACAAAGAAGGGGGAGGUGCUGUUUGGGACAUUUUCCGGAGACAGGAUGUUCCCAAGCUCCAGGAGUAUCUCAGAAAACAUCACAGGGAAUUCAGGCAUACCCACUGCUCUCCAGUUGAGCAGGUUGUUCACCCUAUUCAUGAUCAAACUUUCUACCUGACUUUGCAUCACAAAAGAAAGCUGAAGGAGGAGUUCGGAGUUGAACCUUGGACAUUUGUACAAAAACUUGGAGAGGCAGUCUUUAUACCUGCUGGAUGUCCUCAUCAAGUUAGGAAUCUUAAGUCAUGCAUAAAGGUUGCUCUUGAUUUUGUCUCACCUGAAAAUAUUCAUGAGUGCGUGCGUUUGACUGAGGAAUUUCGUGCUCUUCCGCAUAACCACAGAGCUAAGGAGGACAAAUUAGAGGUAAAGAAAAUGUCUCUUCAUGCGCUAAGACAAGCUGUUGAUAAUUUGGAGCAGUUAACAGGGGAUGAAGCUGCAGUUCCAUCACCACCAGAAACUACAGAGCCACCUACAGACUCUCAUCAAUCAUCUGAAUGAAAAACAUCUUCCUUGGCUUCAUCUUCUUCACAUUCCAUCUGAAUCUCAGACAUCAGCUCAGGACAAGGGAAGCGUGUCUCUAUCAGAUCAGAACACCGGAAACUUUAACCUGUUAAACAACUCUUUUAACUCAAAAUUAACCAUGGUAUCCAAGGACUAAUGCUUUCAACUAGUUGCUGUAUAAAUUAGUUUGCUAGAUCAUGUAUAUGCUGUUUUCUACACAUCCAAUGGAAAUAGUCUUGUCUUCAAUUUUGUUGAAUUUGAGCUGCUCCUAUGUGAAGGCAUCUCUAUAGCAGUCUCUCUUUUUGGGUUUUGGGAGCUCCGAAUGUUCUGUAAUACUCUUAGUACUCUCUGAACUUGAGAGGGAUGCAUGAAUGUAAAAAUGUUAAUAUUUUUGACUCAAAUCUCCUGUUAGUAAGUAGAAUCUGAUGAUU